CUGGCCUAUUUUUGGAGUCCGAAGAGUAAUGGGGUCAGGGAACCAGACUAAAACAUGAUGCUGUAAGAUAAGAACUACAGAGGGCGCUCUUCUAUUCACUUCAGACGAGCAGAAGGUCUGAAGGUGAGAGGAGGUGUCAUAAAUUUCUGAAACGAAUUGUUGCUCUUAAAUGUCGAGAAAAUGGCUGAUGCUGGUAAGAAGCUCGUACGUAGUAAAAGUGGGCUACGGAUGGUGAGUGUGGAAGAUAAGGAUACCAGUCCCUUUCAGCUAGAAGAGCCGCCUUGGGUACCAGAUGUCCAGUGCCUGGCCUGUGUCAAAUGUAGCUGCAAAUAUGACCUAGUCAAGCGCAGGCAUCACUGCCGGCGUUGUGGCAAGUGUUUCUGCGGCCAGUGUUGCUCCUCUAAGGUGCCCCUGCCUCGCAUGAACUUUGUGGAUCCGGUCCGGAUGUGUGAGGAAUGCGCGGUGGUCACCAAGAAGGAAAACGAAUUCUACGACAAACAACUCAAGCUUCUUGUCAAUGGAAGCAAUUUUACUUUGAAGAGUAACGAGCUGGAAAAUGACAAAGCCGAGGCGUUCUGUUACCUAGCUGCCAACCACAGGAGUCUGUUUUUCAGCGAGGAGAAGCCAGACAGGGAGAAUACCCGACCAUCCAAAUGGGUCCAUGACCCGGUCCAACUGACCAGCAUCCAGGAGGUCAAGAUACAAACAGCUGGUAACGAGACUAACCAGAAAAAUGCAGUCAUCACAUCCAUGUCCAUCAAGUACAGAUACAUCGAUGAGACGAGGGAUCUACUGCUCUUUGUUCCAGACGACUACUCAAGGAAAGCUGCCUCCUCCUGGAUCAUUGCCAUGCAAAAGGCUGUGAGGAUGCUGCAGCAAACGCGGGAGUUGCCCACAUCUUGAUCCUCCCUUUGUCUGGUACCCAUCCCGCUACAAUGAUUAACAUUCUGCCAGUUGCAACGUAGCCACGCUAAUCAAUAGUCAACUCAAUCCAGAUUGUCAGAGCAGGUCAAGCCGAGUCGUUUUUGCUAAAUAUGACAAAGUCAUGCUUUGUAUGUUACAUGUAUGUGGCCACUGUUAAGUUUCAACGGAAUAAGUGUAAGGGAGUGAAAAUCUGGGGUGCCAUAUUUAUUGCCAGGGGGCUAACAAUUCUGAAACAAGAUUCACAACAGAACCAUUCAAUUAAGAAAUACCAAAAUACUGUCCAACCAGAUAUGUCAUUAAUAUCUAAAUAGUUUCUUCAGACAAAGUUGUGUACAUAAAAAUAACACUAAAAUAUAAUAAUUUGUCCUUAAUACUCUUCGUUAGACAAACAAAACCAAAUUAUUGCAGUACUUAAUACAUUCUUCUCAAGUGGUAAA